AAAUUCGCCCAGCCCAUCUUCAAGACAUCUUGAAAAUAAGUUACGAUGGUCUUGAUGAUGAGGAGAAGUGUAUAUUCCUGGAUCUUGCAUGUUUAUUUCUUGAUCAACUAGAUAAGAAAGUCGAUGAUGUAAUUGAUGUGAUGAAAGGAUGUGGUUUUAGAGCCAGGAUUGCAUUUGACAGAUUGACCGGUAGAUCGUUGGUUAAGGUAAUUGAUGGUGGGGAUUUGUGGAUGCAUGACCAGAUAAGAGAUAUGGGAAGACAGAUUGUUAGAGAAGAAGGCUUUUCAGAUCCUGGAAAGCGCAGCAGGUUGUGGGAUGUUUCUGAUGUUUUGAGUGUGCUACAAGGAUGGAAGGGAACACAGCAUAUCCAAGGGAUCAUCCUGGAUCAGCAGCAGAGCACAUCAAAGAUCAGAAGUGCGAAAGCAAUUACUAGAGAGCAAUUUCAAGAAGUACCCAGUUUCAGUUCUGCGUUAGCUUACAUUAAAGAGUUAUACAAAGGUCAAUUUCAGAAUGAUGCAAAAGAAACCGACGAGGUUGUAUUGAGGACUGAAGUAUUUGAUCAAAUAGUUAAUCUGCGGCUACUCAAACUCGAUAAUGUGAAACUAGAGGGAAAUUUGGGGAAGUUACCUUCUUCACUGAAAUGGCUCCAGUGGAAAAGAUGCACUCUUUCAAGUUAUUAUUCUAAUUAUUAUCCAAGUGAACUUGCCAUACUUGAUCUCUCAGAGAGCCAAAUAGAGAGGAUUGGAAGCUGGAAAUGGACCUGGAGUCGCAAAAAGGUGGCCAACAAAUUGAUAGUUAUGAAUCUCUCUGGUUGUCAUAAAAUAACAGCUAUUCCCGAUUUGUCCAUGCAUAAAGCAUUGGAAAAGUUGAUAGUUGAGCGUUGCAGUAACUUGCAAAAGAUUCACAGGACAAUUGGGAAUCUGAAAACUUUACGUCAUUUAAAUCUAAGAGAUUGCCGCAACCUUGUUGAAUUUCCAGGUGAGGUCUCUGGGCUGAAAAAUCUUGAAAAGCUGAUACUCUCGGGUUGCUCAAGAUUGAAACAGCUACCUGAAGAUAUAGGCAAGAUGAAGUCUUUACAGGAACUUCUAUUAGAUGGGACUGCUAUAGAGAAGUUACCUUCAAGUAUAUUUCACUUAACAAAACUUGAAAGGCUAUACUUAAACGACUGCCACUCAUUUAAACAACUUCCCGGGUUAUUAGGAAAUUUAAGUGCUUUGAAGGAACUCUCUCUUAAUGGCUCUGCUGUGGAAGAAAUACCUGAUUCCAUUAAACAUUUGCAGAACCUUCAUACACUAAGCUUAAUUAGGUGUGAGUCACUUGCUUCUCUUCCCCAUUCUGUUGGCAGCCUCAAAUCCUUAGCAAAUCUCUGGCUUUAUGGCAGUGCAAUAGAAAUUAUACCAGAAUCUAUUGGUUGUCUAUAUUAUCUUAGGUCCUUAUUGCUUGGAAAAUGUCAGUAUUUGACUGCAUUGCCUGUUUCAAUUAAAGGAUUGUCUUCUUUGGUUGAGCUUCAAAUAGAUAAGGUUCCAAUGCCUAGUCUUCCAGAUGUUUUUUAUGCCCUUAAAUCACUGAAGACUCUUGCGAUAAGGAAUUGUGAGUGCCUUGGCUCGCUUCCCCACUCCAUUGGAGAAUUGUUAGCUCUUAGAACAAUGACUAUAACUAGAAAUGGUUCUAUCAUGGAGCUGCCAGAAUCAGUCGGGAAGUUGCAGAAUCUUGUCAUAUUGAGAUUGACCAAAUGCAAGCGACUGUGCAGACUGCCAGCUUCUAUUGGGGAACUGAAGAACUUAGUGCACUUGCUAAUGGAGGAGACUGCAGUAACAGUAUUACCUGAAACUUUUGGGAUGCUAUCGAGCUUAAUGAUUCUGAGGAUGGGAAAGAAGCCUUUCAACCAGGUAUCACAAAGUACUGAAAUCACAAAGACAGCUACCUAUGGAGAUAGGGAGACGACACCUAUUGUGCUUCCUUCAUCUUUCUCAGAAUUAUCCUUGUUAGAAGAACUUGAUGUACGUGCAUGGAGAAUAGUUGGGAAAAUACCUGAUGAUUUUGAGAAACUAUCAUCUUUGGAGUUCAUCAAUCUUGGUCACAAUGAUUUUUCUUAUCUGCCGUCUAGUUUGAAAGGGUUACAUUUCUUGAAAAAGCUCUUUAUUCCCCAUUGCAAAUGGCUAAAAGCUCUUCCUCCUCUUCCCUCAAGUUUGCUCGAGAUAAAUGCUGCAAACUGUGGAGCACUAGAGAGUAUGUACGAUAUCUCAGAAUUAGAAUUCUUACGUGAGCUAAACCUUGCGAAUUGCAUGAGUUUGGUUGACAUCCAAGGUAUUGAAUGCUUGAAAUCCUUAAAAAUGCUACAUAUGGCUGGAUGCAAUGUCUCUUGUGCCUCUAUUGUUAGAAGCAAGCUUGAUAAGGUUUCUGUGAAGAACUUGGAUAAUUUUAGUAUUCCAGGCAGUGAAAUUCCAAGUUGGUUUACUCCAAGUGAGGUGCAUUUCUCAAGGCAAAAAAACAAUGAAAUCAAAGCAGUGAUUAUUGCCAUAGUUGUUUCUGUGAAUUGUGCUGAGCCAGAUGAUUUACGGGACGAAUUGCCUGUAUUAGCUAAUAUCUUUGCGAAAAUUGUUAGAGCAAAUAGACCAGUAUUUACUACUGGUAUGUACUUGGCAGGAGUCCCAACUACGCCCGAGGAUCAAGUUUAUUUUUGCAGGUAUCAAGAUUAUCAUCAAUUUGUGUCUAUACUCGAAGAUGGUGAUAUAAUACAGGUGGGCUUGGGCAACUUACCCGUUACAGGGAUUGAACUGAAGAAGUGUGGAAUACAUUUAGUUUAUGAAAAUGAUGAUGAUUAUGAAGGUAAUGAAGAAUCAUUGGAUGAAAGCCAACAAUCUGUAUCAGAAAGAUUAACGAGGUUUUAUGGGGCCUCUAACAGAGAGCGCGAUAUACUCAGUUCGAACUCAGCUCAAGAAGACGGAGAAGGGGAAGGACCACAGAACCUUUUUAGUUUUGUUAAUGAGAUUUUCUGUGCCUUAAAGUACCUUCUCUUUAGGAGAUUUUAAACCCAUCAGCAUGGAUUCUUCAUUUAAAUUGAUGUACUAGUGUUGAGUUUGUACUUCUAGUGAUGUUAUGAAGUGAAUAAUAAUGCAUUGAGAAUCUAAGCUCGCUGAGAGAUCUCUCUUCUAACCAAUCUGCUGUAUCGGAAAUACCUGAUUACAUUGAUGAGUUAAUCUCGAGAAUGUGAGGGGGGCUCAUCUCACUUCCUGAUUCCCUUGGCGAUCUUGAAUAUUUAAAUCUUGGAAUCAUGAUGAUAUUAUGGCUGUCAUAAAGAACCACAAGGUACGAUUUCAUGAUCUAGUUGUCACCUUUUGUAUUUGCAGUAUUGUUUAGUUAGUAGCUACUCAUACAUUGAAAAGAAAUUUGAAGUUAGUACUCACUUGUACGUUGAGAUGCAAUUUGGAGAGAUUCAUUGUGGUUAAACGGCUAAA